CCCUACCUUUCUUGUGCAGAAAACAUUCUCUCUUCUCUCUCUCUCUCGUUAGUAUUUCUCUUGCUCCUUUAAUUUCUAACUUUAUCCUUCGAAAUUCCCUUAAUUCUGUUCUGUUUAGGUACUUGAUCUUUGUAGAGCAGUAGGCGAUGGCCAAGAGUUCCUUCAAGUUAGAGCACCCCCUCGAAAGGCGUCAGGCUGAAGCUGCUCGUAUCAGGGAGAAGUAUCCUGAUAGAAUACCAGUUAUUGUGGAGAAGGCUGAAAGAAGUGACAUACCUGAUAUCGACAAGAAAAAAUAUCUGGUUCCUGCUGAUCUGACCGUUGGUCAGUUUGUCUAUGUGGUGCGAAAGAGGAUAAAGCUCAGUGCUGAGAAGGCUAUAUUUAUCUUUGUCAAGAACAUUCUGCCACCCACUGCUGCCAUGAUGUCUGCAAUUUAUGAGGAAAACAAAGAUGAGGAUGGCUUCCUUUACAUGACUUACAGUGGGGAAAACACUUUUGGAUCAUUCUGAAAUACAGCCAAGCUGAAUUUAUGUAAAUAAACUUAAUGAAACAAGAUAAAAUAUGUAAAUUCUCGUCUGUUAUGAUUCUAGGGCUAUCCUUCUCUAAGGAUUGCUCGUUUGGACAGUGUCCCCGUGUUUUAAUUUGGAUAUUUUUCGUUAUUGUAAGCAGUAAAUAUUGGUAUGGUUUUUCCAAAAAAGUCACACCUGGAAUGUUUCUGUAGUUUACCCUGUUGAUGUCUUCUUUCUUUGCUUUGACAAUGAUAACAUCGAUGCCAU